AACAGGCCAACAGCUCUACAGCCGUUUCUGUCUUACCAGUGCUACUAGCUAUACACAGUUCAUCACUCACAUGAACACACCCUCUAUUAAUUUGAUCCUAUAUCUGGCUUGCUCAUUCUGCGGUAGUGUUUAAACAUCUGGCUAGCCUUACGGGUAUAAAAAGGUGGGCAACUUCACCCUAUCCCAUAGCAAUAGACCAAAGAACACCUAUACUCCAUACUACCCUUCGUUCACCUGAUGGAGGAAGUGUUUCCGUCAAACUCCAAGAGCAAGGCCGGUCAGAUGGCGGGGGAGGUGACAUCGGCGGCGGAGAAGAAGCCUCGGCCGAAGCCAGAGCAGAAGGUGGAAUGCCCUCGGUGCAAGUCUGGCAACACCAAGUUCUGCUACUACAACAACUAUAGUAUGUCUCAGCCCCGCUACUUCUGCAAGGCCUGCCGCCGCUACUGGACCCAUGGUGGCUCCCUCCGCAACGUCCCCAUCGGUGGUGGCUGCCGCAAGCCCAAGCGCCCGGGGACCUCCGAGGCCCACAAGCUCGGCGUGGCCUCCUCGUCGGAACCCACGGCUGUCGUGCCGCCCUCGACCUGCACAGGGAUGAACUUUGCCAACGUCCUCCCGACGUUUAUGUCUGCUGGUUUUGAGAUUCCAAGCAGCCUUUCCCUGACCGCCUUUGGGUCAUCGUCAUCGUCCAACACGGCGGCAGUGAUGUCCCCUGGUGGGACGACGUCAUUUCUAGACGUGUUGAGAGGGGGCACAGGAGGGCUUCUUGAUGGCAGCCUCAGUCAGAACAAUGGCUACUACUAUGGUGGGCCUGCCACUGGAUCAGGCAUUGGGAUGCUGAUGACGCCGCCAGUGGCGUCAUUUGGCAUUCCAGGUCCGAUGCAGCAACAUGGUGAUCUCGUGGUUGGUGGAAAUGGAAUAGGUGCUGCAACUGCUUCAAUAUUUCAGGGGGGCACUGGCGAGGAAGGAGAUGAUGGUACGGGGGGCGUGAUGGGGCUCCAAUGGCAGCCACAGGUUGGCAAUGGUGGAGGUGCUGGUGUUGUAUCAGGAGGCGUGCAUCACCUCGAGACUGGGAACAAUGUGACGAUGGGCAACAACAAUAUACACAACAACAACAAUAACAACAGUGGGGGUGAUGACAACAAUGGUGCGUCAUCGAGGGAUUACUACUGGAUCAACAAUGGAGGAUCGAACCCAUGGCAGAGCCUCCUCAACAGCAGCUCCCUGAUGUAAGUGCAAGAAGAAAAUGGGAAAUGGAGGUCAUUGAAUUGGAGAAGUGGGUCAAUCAUUUUCUUACUAGUUUCGUCGCUUCUUUUUUUACUUGCUUGACUUAUUUCGCUCCAUCAUUUUCAUGUUUCGUUUAAGUGGGGAUUGUUUUGUUUAUUUGAGUGAAAAUCCAGACAAUGUGUGUCAUUUGCGAUGCUUGAUUAAGUAUUGUUUGUUUCAUGACAUUAAUAAUU